GAUUAUUCCCUCCGGUUGCUCUCUCUCUCUCUUUCUCGCUCUCACUCCACUGGAUUGUUGCUCCGGAUCCAGGCAGGGAACGAUGUCACAAUAUUCAGGGAAGAUAGUGUUCUAUGAGGGGAAGUGCUUCACAGGCCAGAGGCUGGAGGUGUUUGGAGACUGUGAAAACUUCCAGGACCGUGGUUUCAUGAACAGGGUGAACUCUAUCCGCGUGGAGAGCGGGGCCUGGGUGUGUUUCGACCAUCCCGAUUUCAAGGGACAGCAGUACAUUAUGGAAAAAGGAGAGUAUCCCGAUUUCCAACGUUGGAAUGCCCACAAUGAUCAUAUGGGCUCCAGCAAGCCAAUCAAAAUGCACGGGGAGCACUACAGGAUGGAGCUUUUUGAGGGCCAAAACUUCACUGGUCAGUGUGUUGAACUGUGUGACGACUGUGCCUUCCUUCAGAGCUCCGGAUUCAGCAAGAACGGCCUCAACUCCAUUAAAGUAUAUGGAGACGGAGCUUGGGUCAUGUACGAGGAGCCGAACUAUCGUGGCCGCAUGUACGUUGUGGAAAGAGGAAACUACUGCUCAUUUAUGGAUUGGCAAGCUGAGGAUCCCAACAUCCAGUCUAUCUGCAGGGUGGUUAACUAUUUCUAAACUUUUACAUCCCAAAACAGCCUCACUCUCAAAGGAAAAUCAAUGUUUCAAAGUAUACCCCAAAUGAUAAACCAAAUGAACCUGAACUUUGAUUUAUAUUACUGAAUCACACAGCUAUGUGCUUUUUAUCUUUAUGGAAUUUCAAUGAUAAAUCAGUUAUUUGAGAAGAAAAUGCAAUUAGCACAGAAAUAUUCUUGUAUGUUUUAUUUUGUAUUUGUAUUGAGGCAAUGAGUUGAAAUAAAAGUGAAUUGUG